AUGCUACCGCCCAGGAGAAGUCCCAAGCCCGUUGAAGAUUAUGUGAGAAUAUUCAAGCAAAUUCACGAACAGUGUACAGAACUUGUAACACUUAAAGUGGCAUUACAUGAAUUAAAUAUUAUGUUUGAUGCAUUCAGUUUUCACGAUCACCUUAAAAAUGACUUGAUUGCUACAGACUGGCUAUACAAGCAAUUGCAGGGCAUGCCGUUCUUGAAAGAUAUCGUCAUUCAUUUUCAAGUCAUUGACCUGAAGCGUAGAUAUCAUCAGGGCUGGAUAGACAAGUCGCGGGAGUAUGAAUGGAAUUUUAAGGUCACAGAGUAUGAAUACAAGGGAAAUAAGGAUGAGGCUCUGUAUGAUAUUACAGACGCUGUGACCGAUCUGGCUCGGAUGGAAGAUACCAGGCGCGAUAUGCAGCGAGGAUAUUAUAUUAAGAGACAGACCUCCGAUGGAGGGUUUGAGAUUGACUACGACUUGUCAUACCGUGCGGCUUGUCGCAAGAUUGAGGAGGGUCUUCUUCAAUUAGCAUAG